CGCCGCGGGGUGGGUGGUGGGCGGCCACGCGCAGAGGGGGGGGGGCGGGGGGCGGCAUGCCGCGGCCGUUCGCGCUGCUGCUGGCGCGGCAGCAGGCCGCCUGCGAGGAGCUGCGGGAUGCGCACGAGGCCGAGGUGAGGGAUCUGCGCACCGAGGUCGCGAGGCUGAAAGACGAGCUGGCUGACGCUCGGUGCCAGGUGACGCGGCGCAGCUCGGCGGCGAGCUGCUCGCCGGCGGGCAGGAGGAGCUCGCGCGGGAGCCCGACCAAGGCCCAGAGGUUCUCCGUCGCCGCCGACCCCAAGGAGCUGCCGCAACCCGCCCCCGUCCUGGUGCAACCCACCGCGGACCAGUCGCAGCAGGUCGCGGGCGCAAUCCUCCCGGAGCCCCCGAAGCGGUCUUCGAAGCUCGGCGAGGAUGGCGCGUCCACGGUGCCGCUCCCUGACGGUUGCAGGCCUGCGAAGCUCGGCGAGGACGGCGCGUCCACGGUGCCGCUCCCCGACGGUUGCAGGCCUCGGAGCGCUGGCGGCGAGGACGGCGCGCCCACGGCGCGGCUCCCGGACGGCUUCAGGUCCUCGAGGAGAGGCGAGGACGGCGCGUCCCUGUCGCCGCACCCAGAGGCAUCCAGGCGCAGGUCGCGGCUGUCGGUGGACAGCCAGGCCGUGUCGGUGCGCCAGGGGAGCUCGAUGACAUGCCCACCUUUCCUGUGGAUGACCAUGACGAUGACCACCAUGAUCGGGGCUCACCUGAGCACAAGUACCCGCGCACAGAGGACGGCAAAGGCGGCAACUCCAGUGGCAAGGGAGUUGCUGGCAUGGCUGCCCGCGCAGCGGGCGCUGUUGGCUCUGCUCUGUUCGGCGGUCGUUGCGAUUCUCAGUGUACUCCUGGCUCGUCACCUGCAGGCGCCCAUCGUGACCCUGCCCAGCCUCCAGUGCAGCAGCCCCAAUAUGAUGAUGACUAUAUCAGGCAUGUCGCAGCAAACGCAGUUGCUGAACAAUUCGGAGAACUACGAUCGGAGCUGGAAUCUUUGGUUGGAUCUACCGUUGCAGAUCAUGGCCACUGUUCGCCCGCACAUCGAUGCCAUUCACCGCGGCCUCCAGUCCAAGAUUGACUCCCUCGGCUCUCAUGUCAACACGCUCUCGAUCGAUGUCGAGAAGCACACUGCAGACAUCGCCGACCUGCGUAAGCAGAUGGAGGAGCUCCGCGGCGAGCUCAUGGUCGCCAAGCGCACCGAGAAGGAGCAUUUCAAAGAGACGCUCAAGGAGGCUGCACGGGAGGUCCGAGACAUGCUCUUCACGCUGAAGGCGGAGAGUGACGAGACGGCGAUCAUCGUGGCCCGCAGCGCACGGCACUCUGCCCCUGGGGUGGACGGCAUCCCCUAUGCCGCAUGGAAUGCCUCUGACUGCUGUGUCGACGUCUUGUGCAACACCCUCGACUGGGUGCUCAGCGGGGGGUCCCUCUUCGAUGCCGCGAGUGUCACGCUGCAGGCCUUCCUGCCCAAGGGUUCUGAGGACGAGGACGAGGCCUCUGGAGGCUGCACGCGGACAGCUGACAAAAUUCGAGUGCUUGGGCUUCGAAACACCGACAUCAAAAUCAUGACCUCUGUUGUCAAUCGCUCGCUCCGUAAAGUGGUCGAGGAGGUGGUUCCCUGCUCACAAAGGGGGUUCGUGGUCGGCCGUAACUUUGGAUACAAUGUGAUCGAACUCGACGGCAUCGGAAGACUUGCUGCAGCCCACCCUCGCUCUGACAUGUACGACCCCCUCCUGAUCUCGUUCGAUUAUGGUCAGGCGUUCCCUAGCCUUUCCCAAGAGUACCUGCUGAUUCUGAUGAAGAAGCUCGGGCUCCCUAGGCCCCUCAUGUGGUUUCUCUCGUGGCUGUACCUCGCUAUUCAAGGGCUGAAGCUGAAGCCCAUGAAGUGCAAAAUUGUCCCGCUCAAGGGGGAGUUCACUGAGUCCCUCCAUUUCCACACCUUGUCCCUGGUCGAGCGCCUGGUCCCUGCCUGGCACGCCUUCGAAGUGGCCUCCCACGUUCUCUACCUGGGCCUCCUGCUGGGCCCCGCCGUCACUGUCGACAUGCAGUGGCUCGCACCGCUACAGAAGCUCAAAUUACGGGCUCGGAUGCAUUCUGGCUACCACUCCUGGACGUGCCGUUGCUCCCAUGGCGCCCUGCUCGUCCGUGGCGUCAUGUUCCCCGAUGACGUUGUCAUGGACUCCCUCGCGGUCUCCGAGCACCCUGAUGGGCUGCCACAGCAAGAUAAGAUCGCUGCAGAGGGCAAGGGCGAUGGAAAGAGCGAGCCGCUGGUGGAUACUGGCCAGGUGGACCUGGAAGCCGAGGGGGCUGAGAAGUGGGGGGCACUAGGUGGUUCACGCCUAGUGAUGGGGGUUCCGCUUCUCGCAGCGAUCGCGGACCCUCGCAAAUGGACCGCCGGUUUCGCCAUCGCUUCUCUGAUCGCGACCGUGACCGCAGGCGACGCGACCCUGCCUCUGACUCGAGCAGCAGCAGCAGCACAGAGCUUCGCCGUCAUCGCGACGCUGAUCGUGCUCUUGCUGCUCCGCGUGGUGGCCAUCGUGGACCAGGCGCUGAAGGGCCUGCUGCACACCUGUCUGCUGAAGAGCAACAGCGUCUGGCUCAGGCGUAUGACAUCGCGCCCACCUUUCCCGAGCAAGAAACUCAUCGUCGGGAACGCCCUGCUGGCCGCGACCCUCUCCAAGGCGCUGCUGACCCAUGGCGUGCUGCUGGCUUUCGGUGCCUGGCGGCGCAUCUCUGCCGCCACCGUCGCCGGCGGCAAUGACAGCCUCUACAUCAACGCGAACAAGAGCCCGAAGCAAGUCAGGAAGGACCCGAAGAGCCCGCCGAGCUGGCCUGGCCCCCCCACCGCGGCCGCGCAGCUGGGCAUCGACAUUAACGCCGCCACCGCCAGCUUCAGGAGGCGGCUGCCAUGGGAGGUGGAUCUUCAUGGCUCCCAGGAGCUCAAGACCACCACCUGGAACGCACGCGGGCCGCGCUGCUGGAGCCACAAGCGCCGCAGGAUGAAGUUCGACCAGCUGAAGCGCAUGCUCUCCUCUAGGCACAUUGCCGCGACUCCGGAGGCCCACGGUGGCAGGCUCACGCUGGAGGCACUCCUCGACCAGACUUACAUUCAUUUAGACUUAUUCCACUCGGGCUUCGAGACCAGCAACGUCAGAAGGACGUCACGAGCCGAACCUGUCUGGCGCAACCUGUUCGGCACGGGCAUGCUGGAGAUCGAGAGCCCGCUGCCCACCCGCUAUUCUCGGGCUACAGAGUCGCUCAGCACCAUCGAUAGGCGCCAAAGCUCUCGGACUGGGGUCACUCUGAUCAUGCUCAGCUGGUUCUACGGCUGGCUCCGAGACAAGGUACCCGGCGCUGAUCUCCGUUCUACCCCGAGCUACAUCUUCCGCGAGAGGAGCUUCAAGAUCAUCCUUCAGAACUGCAUCGACUGCGCCAACUUGGACCAGAUGGAGAUCAACUCGAAAUUGAUGCGCCUCGCAGAACUGAUGCGCGCGGAUCAUCGCACUGCGCGCCGCUCGACUGGCAGCGUCGACCUGGCGCGCCGUUCCCCGGGCAUUUCGCAGCGCGGCAUGGUCUACAUCACCGAGCAUGAGCAGUUCCGCAACUACACUUACGACGCCGACCAGCGGCGCUUCCACCAGAUGAACCUCAACGUUGCGCAGGCGGGAGCGCAGACAGCGGAGCGGGAGCCCGUCGCCAUGGCGCAGCACAUCAGGGACUAUUGGGAGCCGAUCUUUGCGGGGGCCACCUCGAGGAACAGCGGGGGCCCGCGCUCCAACGCCAGCGAGACGGAGCACUUCGCUCUGGAGCCUUGCGGCGGGCCGCUGCAGGCCAGCGGCCAGCGGCGCGCAGCGUGCUGGAAAGAUGCCCGCAGCGUCGCCCAGCUCUACUCCAUCCUCUUUGUCACAGUACCAGGCAGGAUGCACCACCAGACGGGUGCGGAGACCGGUUCCGAGCGGACUCUGGUCGGCGUUGCUGCGCCACCGGCGAGCCCGCGCCGGGAGGGCUGCGGCGACCAGCAGGGCGCGUUCGCACUGGUGCUAUGCGACAGCCUGCUCACCGGGCACCAGAGCUGUGGGAUCAAGGCCCACCGGCUCGAGGACGGCGGCGCCAGCAUGAGGGCCUGCCUCUGCAUCGCCAGCGGCGGCGCGCUGAUCAUGCCCGGCGGGGGGCAGUGCCGCGAGUCGGCCAUCGGGCUGGCCAUCCGGGCGCUGGACGGGGGCGAGGCGGCGGCCCACGGGCAGUGUGGCGUGGACCCAGUGGUGCGCAUCGUGGCCCUGCGCGCCGACAUGAGCACGGCCAGGUGCCGCGGGGACAGGGAGAGGUUCCCGCUGGUCGUGCAGGACAGGGCCAAGUCGCGGCUGAUCUCGGACACCGAGACGCCCUGGACGAUCUGCGACCUGGAGGACGUCGUGCAGCAGCGGCCCGGCAGGAGGCGGCUGCCGGAGCUCGAGGCGUGCCCGCUGCGGCACCCGCGGGGCAUCUACGGGGAGCGAGGCGACACGCUGCACUUCCGCAGGGACAUCGCGGUGCCCGCCGGAGACGAGCUGCUGAAGGCCGUCCGGCGAACAGCCUUGGCGCGCUACGGCGCCGGCCUCGCCCCGGGCGCCUCCAUCCUGCUGGUGCUGGCGGCGGGCUGGAACGUCGACGGCAGCGCGUUCCACAGGGUCGACCGGCGGGGCCACGCCUGGCGGAAGGCCGAGCUGGUGGCCACCGCCGAGCUCUGUGCGCUGAACGGCCACCGCCUGUCGGCCCUGCUGGAGAAGAUGCGCGAGCUCGCCCGGCGCGCGGCCGCGAUGGGCGUACGGGCGGCGGAGCAGCGGCUCAUCUAUGCGGGCGCGCAGCUCGAGGAGCGCGCGAGCGCCGCCUGGAGGGCGCGUUUCGCCGGCUGCGGGGACGUGUCGAUCGCGCUCGGGCUGGCCUCCAUGCCCGACGGCACGCCCCUCACGCUGGAGCACCACGGCCUUCAGAAGGGCUCCGUCGUCAACAUCGUACGGCACGCCGCGCCCGCCUCCCCCAGCGGCGCGCCGCCACCGGCCGCCGCCGCUGCCGCCGCAGCCGGCCGCCCCAGUGGUGCAGCGGCGGCGCCCGCGCGUGCGGAGCCCUGCGCCGCCGCGCCAGCGGCCGGCGGCGGGAGCACCGCCGGGCAGGCGCCCCCCGGCUCCGGCCUUGCAGAGGGGCUGAUGGCGUGCUCCGACCUGGAGUUGCUGAUGCUGCUGCGGCCGGUCAUGCGCCAGCGGCCCGCCUUGCUGGCGGCGCUGCUGGCGGACGACCCCCAGCUGCCGGAUACUGCCGUGGCCGCCCCGCGGACUGCGCGGGCGGCGGCGCCCUUCGGCCUGGGCAGCGCGGUGACCGUGUGGUCGAACUCGGCCAACCGGUGGUUCCCGGGAGAGGUGGUGGCCGUUGCGGAGUCGUCCCACGACCGGAUACCGCAGGGCUCGGUGGAGGUGUCGUUCGAGCUGGGCCGGAAGUGGGUCGCCCCCACCGACCUCGGAAGGUUCCUGCGGCCCGCCAGCUGA